CUCAGAAUGUCGUCGUCAGUCGCAACGCUCAUCGCAGAGCAUCCGUCUAACCCUUGCCACGAAACCAAUAUGGUUUCAGGUAGCUCUAAAACAUGGACAAAGCCAUACCCACCCAUCACCAACUUGAUCGUCCACACGCGGAUGCAGGGAGAUCAGGCGGCAGAGGCCGACUUUCGAGCCUUCCACCCUGAAUAUGAAGAUGACUCGCUUAGGCUCCAAGAACGCGGUAAUCCACCGAACAAGCGAUCCUAUCGGUUAUACUCGGAGGAAGACGGGGUUACGUGGUUUCACACAGAGGUGUCCAACGUCGUCCUUGCUGCCUUUCAAACGUAUCCUCGGGUUUUACAGACUUCUCAUGACAAGCCCAUGGCUGAGUCUCGUGACGACCAUACUGUUGAUGUAGCCUACUCUGUCUAUGCUGGACAGGUCAGGAAGCACGUGGCUAUCGGCGAAUUCAAGAGGGGUCUCAUUGCCCGAAGAGAGUGGCAGCAUGGCAGGCUUGUCACAGCACCUCAGAACAGCUUAUCACAGGAACUACGAGGCUACGCAUGCAGAUAUUCGUGUCCACUUGUCUUUUGUUUCGAUAAUUACACCUUCAUCAUGCUUCAGUUUAGGGCAAGAAAGUCCAAGGACCUGAAUGAGGCGAAGUGCCCUGUGGACUGCUGGGUCUUUCCACGGGACAACAUACAUGGCACCACCCUGCGAUAUGCAUUCUAUCGCUUCAUUGUUCAGGGCUUUCGCCAAUGCCAAGGCCAGGCCGCAUUGGGCAUAGCCCUGAACGGGCAAAGACCGUCUGAGCGCUUCUUCUUCAACGGGGCCCCAUUCUGGAGAGAAAAAGACGGGUCAAAGCUUUUCGAGCCCUGGAACUACCACAGGGUGGUCGAUGCCUCAAGUGGUGCAUUUUAUUGGGCUGCCCCUGGAGGGGCAGAGCCUGUGCAGUAUGAUGACGGCACUACUGUAUGGGACACCGCCUCCUUUUGGAGUGCCCAGGAACCGGUCGACGAGGAAGAGGAUCUCUUUAGUGCAGAUUAG